AUGCCAGGAUUGCCGCAGGAGGCAUGCCAAUGCUGUUCAAAAACUCAGAUACGCUGCCCAUCUGAUACCAAUAAUAACCCAUCCUCCAGCAACAUCAUCUUCAGGUCCGAUGGCAAUGAGAACCCAUCACCCAGCAAUCUCAUUUUCAGAUCCGAUGGCAAUAUCGUAUCCAGACCCUCCAGCGACAUUGCAUCCAGGUCCGAUAACACUGAGAACAAAUCCUCGAGCAAUAUCGUCUUCAGAUCGGAUGGCAAUGAGAACAAACCCUCGAGCAAUAUUGUCUUCAGAUCGGAUGGCAAUGAGAACCCAUCCUCCAUCGAUAUUGUAUCCAGGUCCGAUGGCACUCAGAACAGAUCCUCAAGCGAUAUCGUUUUCAGACCGGAUGGAAAUGAUAACACGUCUUCCACCAAUAUCGUCUGCAGGUCCGGUCUCAAUGAGCGUACAUCUUCCACCAAUCUCGUUUCUAGAUCAGAUGUUAAUGACAACAAAUCCUCCAGCGAUGACAUCUUCAGAUCCGAUGGCAACGAGCACACAUCUGCCAGCAAUAUCGUCUCUAGAUCCGAUGUUGAUGACAAGAAAUCCUCCAGCAAUGACAUCUUCAAAUCCGAUGGCAACGAGCACACAUCUUCCAGCGAUAUCGGCUCUAGAUCCGAUGUCAAUGACAACCAAUCCUCCAGUGAUCCCAUUUCCAAAUCCCGUGGCAGUCUCAUCUAA